AUGGUGUUCAGGCGCUUCGUGGAGGUUGGCCGGGUGGCCUACGUCUCCUUUGGGCCUCAUGCGGGGAAGCUGGUCGCGAUCGUAGAUGUCAUCGAUCAGAACAGGGCUUUGGUUGAUGGACCUUGCACUCAAGUAAGGAGACAGGCUAUGCCUUUCAAAUGUAUGCAGCUCACUGACUUCAUCCUAAAGUUCCCACACAGUGCCCGCCAGAAGUAUGUCCGACAAGCCUGGGAGAAGGCCGAUAUCAAUACAAAGUGGGCAGCCACAAGAUGGGCCAAGAAGAUCGAAGCCAGAGAAAAGAAAGCCAAGAUGACAGAUUUUGAUCGCUACAAAGUAAUGAAGGCAAAGAAAAUGAGGAACCGAAUAAUCAAGCUUGAAGUUAAGAAGCUUCAAAAGGCAGCUCUCCUGAAAGCUUCUCCCAAAAAAGCACCUGCUGCUGCUAAAGGUGCCGCUGCAGCUGCAGCAGCUGCUGCAAAAGUUCCAGCAAAAAAGGUGACCGCUGCAGGCAAGAAGGCUCCAGCUCAGAAGGUUCCCGCUCAGAAACCCGCAGGCCAGAAGACGGCACCUCCAAAAGCUCAAAAGGGUCCGAAAGCCCCAGGCCAAAAAGCACCUGCUGCUCCCAAGGCAUCUGGCAAGAAAGCAUGA